UUCCCCGAGCGAGGGAGGGAGGCCCCCGGCGGCCCGAACUGCGAGCCGCGGCGGGACCGAGCGCACGCAGGGGCGCGCCGGUGGCCGGGCGGGACGGGCUGCGGAGGCGGCGGUCGCGAGCACGCGAGGCCAAGGGCCGGACGGCCACCAGAGGGGCACUACGUGCCCGGGGCGGGAAGGGACCGGCCACCCGCAGCCCCCCACGCGGGGACAGCGAUGUGGUGCUCUCUGAGAUCCCGGUAGCCUCAUAUCUGCGGCAGUGAUGGAUGAGCCGUGGUGGGAAGGGCGCGUCGCCUCGGACGUACACUGCACUCUGCGCGAGAAGGAACUGAAGCUGCCCACCUUCCGUGCCCACUCCCCACUCCUGAAGAGCCGUCGGUUCUUUGUAGACAUUCUGACCCUGCUGAGCAGACACUGCCAUCUCUGCCCCUCAGCCCGGCACCUGGCCAUCUACCUUUUGGACCACUUUAUGGACCAGUACAACAUCACCACCUCCAAGCAGCUGUAUACUGUGGCUGUCUCCUGCCUCCUGCUGGCCAGUAAGUUUGAGGACAGGGAAGACCGUGUGCCCAAAUUGGAGCAGAUAAACAAUACAAGGAUCCUGAGCAGCCAAAACUUCUCCCUCACCAAGAAGGAGCUGCUGACCACAGAACUUCUGCUCCUGGAGGCUUUCAGCUGGGACCUUUGCCUGCCCACGCCUGCCCACUUUCUGGACUACUACCUCUUGGCCUCCAUCAGCCAGAAGGACCACCACUGCCACGCCUGGCCCACCACCUGCCUCCGAAAGACCAAAGAGUGCCUCAAGGAGUAUGCUCACUACUUCCUGGAAGUUACCCUGCAAGAUCAUAUAUUUUACAAAUUCCAGCCUUCCGUGGUCGCUGCAGCCUGUGUUGGGGCUUCCAGGAUCUGCCUUCAGCUCUCUCCCUACUGGACCAGAGACUUGCAGAGGGUCUCGAGCUACUCCCUGGAGCAUCUCAGCACAUGUAUCGAAAUCCUGCUGGUAGCAUAUGACAAUGUCCUCAAGGAUGCCGUUGCAGUCAAGAGCCAGACACUGGCCAUGGUGCCGGGCUCAUCAUCAGCUCCCGCCCAAGUGCUGUUCCAACCACCCACCUACCCUACUCUCAGCCAGCCACCGCCAACACUAGCCCAGUUCCAGAGUCCAGCGCAGGACUUGUGCUUGGCAUAUCGGGACUCGUUGCAGGCCCACUGCUCAGGGACCCUGCUCUCAGGAGACACUGGUCCAUCCCUCCACACGCCAUACCCAACUCUCCAGCCCUUGGAUAUGUGUCCUGUGCCCGUCCCUGCAUCCCUUAGCAUGCAGAUGGCCAUAGCAGCUGAACCCAGGCACUGUCUUGCUGCCACCUACGGAAGCAGCUACUUCAGUGGGAGCCAUAUGUUCCCCGCAGGCUGUUUUGACAGCUAGGCCACAUUUGGACCACAGGGAGAGUCCUAGAAGACCCAGACAAAGGAAGUAAACACCUAAGAGAAGAGUUCAUCCAGAUGAGGCAAAGAACCUAGUACCUUUCAAUAGAGAGGGUACUCUUUUUAAAAACAAACAAACAAAACAUCCAGGGACAUAUCUCACCCUACGGCAUCUCUCUGGGAAACCUCUUCCAUGUGUGCAUGGAGGACAAAGACAUGGCUCUGUGACCAUUCCCUUGAGCUGGGGGAGCCAAUGGAACAUAUCGGACUUGGACAUUGAGGACUGCAUACAUCCAGGCUUCUCAAAAACUACUUUUCACAGCUAUGCCACUGAAAAAGAAAGGGGCGCCUGGCACGUUUGUCUAUGUCCCUAGAAAAUCCAUCCUGAGUGUCUUUCUCUCGCUAGCUCCGCUCCAAGGGCCCCGUGGCCCGUGUUUAUGCCUGAGCACUGACCCCAUGUGGCACAGUGAGUGGCUAUCUUGCCCUUUGUUUUUGAACCCCAAAUCUUUUCAUUCUUCUAGAUAUUUCACAUGCUGCUGCUUCCUCCAACAAUCUAGCUUUCUAUCCUGAAAAAAAAAAAAAACCCAUCUUGUUUACAUACUGUGUCAGGGAUUUUGUGAAUACUUGAAAAUUCCGUAGGAGCAAACAGUUUGAAUUGCCACACUGUCUGUCCCAUAUGAGGCUGUAUUUUUUAUUAACCCAACUUAGGACCAACUGGUGGAUAACAACAGCGAGGGGAUUACCACCCCUCAGGCUCUCAACUCUGGAAGAGUCCACCCCUAGGAUGCUAGUUCACUUGUUGGGACUUAGAUUACUGCCCCCUGGUGGAGGAAUGUUGUUGAGAGGAAGACAAAGACUGAUCCUCACUUCCUUCCACCACGUGCUUAUAGCGCUGAGGUUAAACUGAUCCCGAGUUUGGCCAAUAGUAAAGGGUAAUCAUAUUGUGGAAUAUUAGAAAAGUGGGGGGACCAACGUGGUAUAUGACACCAGCAUUGACAGGCAAGAGAUUGCUGGCGCAAAAGCUUGUGUCUGGGAUCUGCAGCGCGAGGGGCUCAGAAACACUGUCACCGUGUGCAAUAUGUUAUGACUAUGACUCAUAGCCUGUGCUUAAGAUGUUCUUGUGGUUGGGGUUUUUUUUGUUUUUGUUUUUUGUUUUCUUUUGUUUUUGGUCAGGGGACAUGCUGUUCACCCAUCAGAAUUGGAAGAAAGGUGCAGAAAACCACAGAAACAAAUUGUAAUUUUGUUUUUUUUGAAAUGAUGUGUCUUGGUUGGUUUUUGUUUGUUUUCUUUUUCUUUUUUUUGGGGGGGGCUUUUUUUGAGAUGGCUCUGUUGUAGCUAAGGCUACCCUCAAACUUGGUGCGUAGCCAAAGCUGUCCUUGAACUCCUGAUCCUCCUGCUUCAGCCUCCCGUGUAUGCCACCACACCUGGCCUCCCAUCUUGGUUCUCUUUGACUCAUUUGCCAAUCCAAGAGCACAGCAGGGGCUGCCAGGAAGGCAGCCACAUGCUACUGAGUCACAUUUAACGGCGAUAGGGCUUUUCUGAGCCAAUGAAUGUCUCACAGAAACAGAGUAAGGAAAGAGCUGGAUGCAGACGAGGCGCUGCCGUUUUCUCAAUUAGCAUAGGAACCCGCACAUUCGUUUGUUAUGUGUGUGUGUGUGUGUGUGUGUGUGUGUGUGUGUGUGUACGUUUUGGCUCUCACCCCUCCACCUCCUUUACCAGCCUCUCUGUAGUUAUGUGCAACUGGUUUGGAGUCUAUUGUAUAUGUCUGUUCUGUGCUGGGACUUUUGAGAGAAGCAUCUCCACUGGGGUCCCAGAACUAGCCUGAUUCUCAGGACCAGAUGUCCUACAAUAAACACAUCACCUUCUCUUGGUC